UGUACCGUAAGUACCUACUUGUAAAGGGAUGAUUUUUGUAUGCUUGCUUGUGGCCUGAUCUUUGAAUUUUAUGUCUGCAAGGUUAUGAUAGUAUUGUGUGAUAUGAUGAUCUAGAAAUGCAAAUCUUAACUACCCUUGUGGCAAAACUCAAACUUUCUGCAAUUUUUUCAUUGUAAGAAGAUAUUGGCUUCCAGUUUUUAGAAAGUUUGAUAGCCAGAAAGUGUUUGCGAAAAAGAUUUGUUGUGAAGAUAUGCAGACAAGAUUGAUGGGGUCAAUAGAAGAUGGAAAGGCUCCUUCUUCUGCUUUUAUACCAAACAGCACCCCAGCCCCAGCUAGGCCUUUGCCAUUGAGACUUGUUCAAGUUAUCUUGAUGUGUUUUGUUGUGGGGCUUGGAAUUUCAAUCAUUAGUAUGCAUGCCAUGAAAUUUUUGUCAAUGAAACAUAUUGCUUCUGUAACUCCCUUCACUAUUCAGGCUUGCUUUCAAGAUGCUCUUAGUAUAGAAUCCUUGGUUAGGCCUCCGGCAGAACUGUCACAUUCAAUGAAUGACACAGAGUUGUUAUGGAGGGCUUCGUUUUAUCCCAGAGUGAAGGAGUAUCCAUUCAAAAGAGUUCCCAAGGUUGCCUUCAUGUUCUUGACAAAGGGGCCAUUGCCUCUGGCACCUCUCUGGGAGAAGUUCUUCGAGGGUGGCCCUUCGGACCAUUAUUCCAUCUAUGUUCAUUCACAUCCAGCUUAUGUUGCCAAUUUUACACCUUCUUCUGUGUUUUACAAGAGGCAAAUCCCAAGUCAGCCAGCUGAAUGGGGAAUGAUGAGUAUGUGUGAAGCUGAAAGAAGACUCCUAGGGAAUGCGUUGCUUGAUUUUUCCAAUGAAUGGUUUGUUCUUCUGUCCGAGGCAUGCAUUCCUCUCCAAAAUUUCACCAUUGUUUAUUACUACUUAUCAAGAUCCAAUUAUAAUUUUAUGGGUUCAUAUGAUGAUCCUGGAUCUAGUGGAAGAGGGCGGUAUAAUAAAAACAUGGAGCCUGUGGUGACACUUGAUCAAUGGCGAAAAGGAUCUCAGUGGUUUGAAGUCAAUAGGAUGCUAGCAAUCAACAUUAUUGAAGACAUUACCUAUUAUCCUAAAUUCAGAGAUUUCUGUGUUCCAGCAUGUUAUGUUGAUGAACACUACUUCCCUACAAUGCUAACCAUUCAAGUACCAUAUCUUCUAGCAAAUCGGACACUUACCUGGACAGAUUGGUCAAGAGGUGGCGCUCACCCUGCAACAUUUGGGAAAGAAGACAUAACUGAAGAAUUUUUGAAGCACAUUCUUCUAAGUGAGACUUGCACUUACAAUGACCAGCAAGUCUCACUUUGUUUCCUUUUUGCAAGAAAGUUUGCUCCUAGUGCUUUGGAACCGCUACUAGAGUUGGCACCUGGAGUUUUAGGAUUUUGAUGGAGGCUUAUUCACUGAGAUGCACAGCCGGGGAAGAGUUUCCAAAAAUGAUGGUUUAGUCAUACGCUAACCCAGUGUAAGUUAGAGGUUGUGCCUUGAGUUUAGAGUCUUUUAACCGUUAUUCUAUGGAAGAAUUCUUUGGGUAUGCAUAUAUUUCCACAAAUGUUUUUUAUUAAGAUGUUUCGCCCUGUUGAGUCCCCUCAUGUUUUCAGAAAUUAGAAGCAUUGUUCUGCAAAUGCUGUUUUAUUUUGCAUCUUCCAUUUUGUUUAUAAUAAUCAUAUGGAUACUUGUAACGAGUAUCAAUAAGGUAUUAAUCAUGAUGUAUCAUUGUAUAAUUAAGUAAUU